GCUACAAAAUGAGCAAAAAGUUGCAGGUGUGGACUAUGCUAUGAGUCAGUGUGAGGACAGAGAGGAGGGAGCCCCUCCCUCUAAAACCACUCUGUGGGGGGACCAUGACAGCCAGACCAAAGCUCAGAGGAUGCAGCAGCAGAAACCUGGACCUGGACCCAGCUGUGUGUCCAUGAAGAGUGACCGGUCUAUGGGUACUCCUUUUCACUUUAAAGAUGGACAAGCUGCUGGUGGAGGGAUGCAGCAGCAGAAACCUGGACCUGGACCCAGCUGUGUGUCAAUGAAGAGUGACCGGUCAAUGGGUCGUUAUAUUCACUUUAAAGAUGGACGAGCUGUUGAUGGAAGUCUGCAGCAAAGACCUGAACCAGGACCUGGACCCAGCUGUGUGUCCAUGAAGAGUGACCGGUCUAUUGGUCGUUAUAUUACCUUUAAAGAUGAACAAGCUGCUGAUGGAAGAAUGCAGCAGCAGAAACCUGGACCUGGACCCAGCUGUGUGUGCAUGAAGAGUGACUGGUCUAUGGAUCGUCCUAUUUACUUUAAAGUUGGACAAGCUGUUGAUGAAAGAGUUCACCAGGAGAGCUCAGAGGGCCUCGGUGGUCAGUCUGACCUGCAGCAGCAAACAGACCUGGACUCCAUAUUUAUGCUGCUGGAGGAGAACAUCGUCACUUUUGUAAAGAACGAGCUGAAGAAGAUUCAGAAGGUUCUAUGUCCAGAUUACCCUAAAUGCUUUGAGAGUCAGAGGGAGGAUAAGGAGGUUUUGGAGGGUGAGGAUGAAGAGCAGAGGAGGAGCAGCAAAGAAGCCUUUCUGAAGAUCACACUGCACUUCCUGAGGAGAAUGAAGCAGGAGGAGCUGGCUGACCGUCUGCAGAGCAGAAGUCAUUCUGAAGUUUGUCAGUUUAAACUCAAGACUAACCAGAAGAUAAAGUUCCAGUGUGUGUUUGAGGGGAUUGCUAAAGCAGGAAAUCCAACCGUUCUGCAUCAGAUGUUCACAGAGAUCUACAUCAUGGAGGGAGGGGCUGCAGGGGUCAAUGAAGAACAUGAGGUCAGACAGAUUGAAACAGCAUCCAGGAAACCAGACAGACCAGAAACAAUAAUCAGAUGUGAAGACAUCUUUAAAGCCCCACCUGGAAGAGAUGAACCAAUCAGAACCGUGAUGACAAAGGGAGUGGCUGGCAUCGGGAAAACAGUCUUAACACAGAAGUUCACUCUGGACUGGGCUGAAGGCAAAGCCAACCAGGACAUCCAGUUCAUAUUCCCAUUCACCUUCAGAGAGCUGAAUCUGCUGAAAGAGAGAAAGGUCAGCUUGGUAGAACUUGUUGAUCACUUCUUUGGUGAAACCAAAGAAGCAGGAAUCAGCAGGUUUGAAGAGGUCCAGGUUGUCUUCAUCUUUGACGGUCUGGAUGAGUGUCGACUUCCUCUGGACUUCCUCAACACUGAGAUCCUAACUGAUGUUACAGAGUCCACCUCAGUGGGUGUGCUGCUGACAAACCUCAUCAGGGGGAAUCUGCUUCCCUCUGCUCGCCUCUGGAUAACCACACGACCUGCAGCAGCCAAUCAGAUCCCUGCUGAGUAUGUUGACAUGAUAACAGAGGUCAGAGGGUUCACUGACCCACAGAAGGAGGAUUAUUUCAGUAAAAGAUACAGAGACAAGAAGCAGGCAAGCAAAAUCAUCUCCCACAUCAAGACAUCACGAAGCCUCCACAUCAUGUGCCACAUCCCAGUCUUCUGCUGGAUAACUGCUACAGUUCUGGAGAAGGUGUUGAAGACCAGAGAGGGAGGACAACUGCCCAAGACCCUAACUGAGAUGUACAUCCACUUCCUGGUGGUUCAGUCCAAACUGAACGUUAAAUAUCAUGGGAAAUCUGAGAUGGAUCAACACUGGAGUCCAGAGUCCAGGAAGAUGAUUGAGUCUCUGGGAAAACUGGCUUUUGAGCAGUUGCAGAAAGGCAACCUGAUCUUCUAUGAAUCAGACCUGAUAGAGUGUGGCAUCGAUAUCAGAGCAGCAUCAGUGUACUCAGGAGUGUUCACACAGAUCUUUAAAGAGGAGAGUGGACUGUACCAGGACAAGGUGUUCUGCUUUGUCCAUCUGAGUGUUCAGGAGUUCCUGGCUGCUCUUUAUGUCCAUCUGACCUUCACCAACUCUGGAGUCAACCUGCUGGCAGAAGAACAAACAACCUCCCGGCUGUCUAAAGUCUUCAGAGUCAAACCUAAAUUAAACCAUCUCCAUCAGAGUGCUGUGGACAAAGCUUUACAGAGUCCAAAUGGACACCUGGACUUGUUCCUCCGCUUCCUCCUGGGUAUUUCACUACAGACCAAUCAGAGGCACCUACAAGGUCUGAUGACCUAUGCUGGAAGUAGCUCAGAGACCAAUCAGGAAACAGUUGAGUACAUCAAGAAGAAGAUCAGUGAGGAUCUGUCUGCAGAGAGAAGCAUCAAUCUGUUCCACUGUCUGAAUGAACUGAAUGAUGGUUCUCUAGUGGAGGAGAUCCAACAGUCCCUGAGUUCAGGAAGUCUCUCCACAGAUAAACUGUCUCCUGCUCAGUGGUCAGCUCUGGUCUUCAUCUUACUGUCAUCAGGAGAAGAUCUGAACGAGUUUGACCUGAAGAAAUACUCCGCUUCAGAGGAGGCUCUUCUGAGGCUGCUGCCAGUGGUCAAAGCCUCCAACAAAGCUCUGUUGAAAGACUGUAAAUUGUCUGAGAGAAGCUGUGAAGCUCUGUCCUCAGUUCUCAGCUCCCAGUCCUCUAGUCUGGGAGAGCUGGACCUGAGUAAAAACAACCUGCAGUAUUCAGGAGUGAAGCAACUAUUGGCGGGACUAAAGAGUCCACACUGCAGACUGGAAACUCUCAGGCUGAGUGGCUGUGACCUUUCAGAGAGAAGCUUUGAAGCUCUGUCCUCAGUUCUCAGCUCCCAGUCCUCUAGUCUGAGAGAGCUGGACCUGAGUAACAACAACCUGCUGGCUCCAGGAAUGAAGCUACUGUCCUCUGGAUUGAGGAGUACACACUGCAGACUGGAAACUCUCAGACUGAGUGGCUGUACAUUGUCAAAGAGAAGCUGUGAAGCUCUGUCCUCAGUUCUCAGCUCCCAGUCCUCUAGUCUGAGAGACCUGGACCUGAGUAACAACAACCUGCUGGAUUUAGGAGUGGAGCUGAUGUCUCCUGGACUGAAAAGUACACUAUGCGGACUGGAAACUCUCAGACUGAGUGGCUGUACAUUGUCAGAGAGAAGCUGUGAAGCUCUGUCCUCAGUCCUCAGCUCUCAGUCCUCUAGUCUGAGAGAACUGGACCUGAGUAACAACAACCGGCUGGAUUCAGGAGUGGAGCUGAUGUCUCCUGGACUGAAAAGUACACUAUGCGGACUGGAAACUCUCAGACUGAGUGGCUGUAAAUUGUCAGAGAGAAGCUGUAAAGCUCUGUCCUCAGUUCUCAGCUCUCAGUCCUCUAGUCUGAGAGAGCUGGACCUGAGUAACAACAACCUGCAGGAUUCAGAAGUGGAGCUGAUGUCCCCUGGACUAAAGAGUCCACACUGCAGACUGGAAACUCUCAGACUGAGGGGCUGUACAUUGUCAGAGAGAAGCUUUAAAGCUCUGUCCUCAGUUCUCAGCUCCCAGUCCUCUAGUCUGAGAGAGCUGGACCUGAGUAACAACAACCUGCAGGAUUCAGGAGUGGAGCUGAUGUCUCCUGGACUGAAGAGUCCACACUGCAGACUGGAAACUCUCAGUGUCUCAGGCUGUAUGAUCUCAGAGAAAGGCUGUACGUCUCUGGCCUCAGCUCUGAGCUCCAACCCCUCCCAUCUGAGAUUGCUGGACCUGACCUACAAUCAUCCAGGAGACUCAGGAGUGAAGCGGCUUUCUGCUUUACUGGAGGAUCCAAACUGCAGACUGGACACUCUCAGGGUGGACCAUGGUGGACCACAGAGACUGAGACCUGGUCUGAGGAAGUAUGUCUGUGAACUGGAACUGGACAUAAACACAGUACACAGAUACCUCAAACUGUCUGACAACAAAAGGAAGGUGACAGGUGUGAAGGAGGAUCAGUCAUAUUCUGAUCAUCCAGACAGAUUUGACAGCUGGCCUCAGCUGCUGUGUAGAGAUGGUCUGACUGGUCGCUGUUACUGGGAGGUCGAGAGGAGAGGAAAGGUUUAUAUAUCAGUGAGUUACAGAGGAAUCAGAAGGAAAGGAGACAGUAAAGACUGUGUGUUUGGAGAGAAUGAUCAUUCCUGGAGACUGAGGUGCUCUGAUGAACGUGGUUACUCUGUCUGGCACAAUAACAGAGAAACAGUCCUCACUUCCUGCUCUGUCUCUAACAGAGUAGCAGUGAAUGUGGACGUUCCUGCUGGCUCUCUGUCCUUCUACACAGUCUCCUCUGACUCACUGAUCCACCUCCACACCUUCAACACCACAUUCACUCAGCCUCUCUAUCCUGGGUUUAUGGUCUGCUUUGGUUCCUCUGUGUCUCUGUGUCCUCUGCAGGACUAA